AUGCUGGGUGAUGCGAUGUACGCGCGCCUUAAAUCGACUGGUGCGGUCAUCAAGGCAACCGACAUCAACUGCAUUGAAACCUGGCUUGAGUACGGUGACGUACGUGACUUUGCUGCAAUACGCAAAAGCAUUGUUGAUUUCAAACCGGAUCUGAUCAUCAAUCUGGCAGCGCUUACUGAUCUCGAAUUCUGCGAAAAGGAGCAGGAAAACUCCUGGUUGACCAACGGUCUGGGCGCAGAAAACCUGGGCCUGGUUGCCAAUGAGCUUGAUGUGCCCUAUGUAUACAUUUCGACGGCCGGCAUCUUCGGUGGCGAGCGCGAUUUGUACAACGACUUCCAUGCGCCGAACCCCCUGUCCGUGUACGCGCAAUCAAAGUACUACGGUGAGCAAUAUGUCCGCAACAGUGUGCGUAAGCAUUACGUGCUGCGCGCCGGCUGGAUGAUGGGGGGCGGCCCAGGCAAGGACAAAAAAUUCAUUAACAAGAUAUACAAGCAGAUUUGCGCCGGCGCCAAAGAACUGUUUGUUGUUGAUGACAAACUGGGUACGCCGACUUAUACGGUCGACUUUGCGAAUGGCUUGUGCGGCAUUGUUGAAAGCGAACAGUACGGCCUCUAUAACCAGGUCUGCAACGGGGCGGCGAGCCGUUACGUGGUUGCCGGGGAGUUCGUUCGCCUCAUGGGGCUUGCAGACAAAGUCAAGGUAACCGUCGUUCCUUCAGACUAUUUCAAGGAGCAGUAUUUCGCACCGCGACCAGCGAGUGAAAAGCUUGUCAACCUCAAACUUAAUCAGCGCGGCCUUAAUCUGAUGCGUGACUGGGAGGUCUGCCUUCAGGAAUACGUUGAAGUUUUCAAGGCUGAUUACGCUCGCCGGUAA